CGCACGAAGAGCUAGCUAGGUGUAUGCAGUAUAGUCUAUAUUGAACAUACGUUUUCCAUUUGAUUUGAGCAGCUUUUGGCGCAAUGGGUUUCCCGGUUAGUGGCUCAGAAACCAAGCAGUAUAAGUUCUUGAUCUAUGGCCGCACCGGGUGGAUUGGCGGUGUGCUGGGCAAACUGUGCGAGGCUCAGGGGAUCCACUACGCUUACGGGUCUGGGCGGUUGGAGAACCGGGUAUCUUUGGAGUCCGACAUCGCAUCCGUCAACCCGACCCACGUAUUCAACGCCGCCGGAGUCACCGGCCGCCCGAACGUCGACUGGUGCGAGUCCCACAAGGUGGAGACCAUCCGGGCCAACGUUGUGGGCACGCUCACGCUCGCCGACGUCUGCAGGGAGAAGGGGCUGGUGCUCAUUAACUUCGCCACCGGCUGCAUUUUCGAGUACGAUUCCGGCCACGUUCUCGGAUCCGGCGUCGGCUUCAAGGAGGAGGACACUCCUAAUUUCAUUGGGUCCUUCUAUUCCAAGACCAAAGCCAUGGUGGAGGAUUUGCUCAAGAACUAUGAGAAUGUCUGCACAUUACGAGUGAGGAUGCCUAUCUCAUCUGAUCUAUCCAACCCUCGUAACUUCAUCACCAAGAUCGCUCGCUACGAGAAGGUGGUUAACAUUCCAAACUCGAUGACAAUAUUAGACGAGCUCCUCCCUAUAUCCAUCGAGAUGGCAAAGAGAAACCUCACCGGGAUAUGGAACUUCACGAACCCUGGAGUGGUCAGCCAUAACGAGAUUCUGGAGAUGUACAGGGAAUACAUUGAUCCAUGUUUUACGUGGAAGAACUUUACCCUCGAGGAGCAGGCAAAGGUUAUAGUUGCUCCAAGAAGCAACAAUGAGCUUGACGCUACCAAGCUAAAGAAGGAAUUCCCGGAACUCAUGUCGAUCAAGGAGUCCCUCAUACAAUACGUGUUCAAGCCAAAUCGUAAGACCCCCGUUGCUUGAACCUUAUAAGUGGUUUGAAUUUUAUUUCAAGAAUUUAUAUUUUUUUCUGAUUUUGGUACAAUGUUGAUCGGUGUGAAGUCUACAUUUCACAGGUUCUGUUUAUCCAAAUGUAGGCUUGUUGUGUAUUGAAUGUUGUAUCUUCUCUCAUAUUUCAAUAUGAAUAAUUUGGGAUUAGCACUGUAAUGAAUUUUUCA